AUGUCGGAAAGUUUACCAGCAGACUUGGAGAGCGAUAUUGGAGAGUUUGAAGGAUUGCUAGACAAGAUUGAGAAUCAACUAGAGCCAUAUUUCAAGCAUUCGUUAAAGGACCAUCAGGAUGAAUUAUCACCUCUACAAGCAGCUCAACUAGAUAUCUCUGUUGCCUAUGCACUCAACUCAUUGUUCUAUAUGUACUUACAGACUCAAGGUGUGUCACCGCAUGGACAUCAGGUCAAAGGCGAGCUGGACAGGAUCAAACAUUAUAUCGUCAAGCUGCAAGGAAUGAACACACAACAAGAGAUUGAUAAACCCAAGAUGACUGUAGACACAGAAGCAAGCAAAAGAAUGAUAAACCACUCAUUGAACGCCAAUCAACCAUCAAACAAGGAGAAGGAACAGAAGAAGAGAAAGAAAUAA